AUGUGGGCACAUUUGUCGGCUUUAUUACUGUUGCUGCAACUCCGCCUGAGCUCGUGCGCCUUAUGUGCAGGUAGUGAACUUACGGAAGAACUGCGGUCUGAUGCGAUUUUAUUACACAAUCUCGAUCGAGCUAGUAUCACUGUUGGAGAUAAUAGAGGUCCCGACGGUACCGUAUAUCCCACGGCAGAGAAUAUGUAUUCAUUGAAAUGGAGUUGUGGCUUAGAGAGACUGGCACGAAUGGCAGUUAGGGACUGUCCUAAUCGAAAACCAACAAAUCCGUUAUAUGCAGGCAAUAUGCUCCAGUGA